UUGCGACGCUUUUUCACUAUCCAAUUUUCGAUGGUACGAUUGAAAUAAUAUUUUUGAAGUGUAAUUACUGAAAUGAAAUUUAUUAUUGUUACCAAAAGAGAUACGUGUGAAUCAACAAUAUGUGAAAGGAAGUGAAAUUUAUUGUUGCUGUGCUGGAAAAUCUUUUGUUGGACAUGCGAAAAGGGCGAGCAGAAUACACGUUAGCUGUGUCAAAUAUGAAGCACAUAUUUAUUUGAUGAAUAAGUCCCAGCCGAUUGGGAAUGGCUGAAAGUUCGAAAAUACAUUAUGUUGAACCUUGCAAUAAAUUUUAACUCGGAUAAAAUCAAGUGGCAUUUGGAAAUUUAUCAAUAAUUACAAAAAUGUGAACUCCGCACGUGUAGGAAAGUAACUUCUCGAUCUGCGUGCAGCAGCGGAAGCUACGAAGUGAAAAGUUCCAACGACGACCGAAAGAGCAGUCGUUCUCCCCGUAUCCGGUUCUGUCGGCAGCCGGAAAAAUUAUUUUUACUUCGAUCGCGAGUGUGUGUGCUUCGUCAUAGUUGUCGCGUGUUGCUUUGAACUUAUCAUUGUGAGCUUUUUAAAGAUUACACUCUACAAUAUUCUCUACAAUUUCUGUAAUAAUUUUCCCAUAAGACUUUGAAAUAUCACAUAGUGUGUUACUUUGCGAAAAUAAUUUAUAGCUAAGUUUUUCCAAGAAUUGCAAUAAAUUUGGUGAUUAAUUUGAACAGAGUGCUUCGUGAAUAUUGAAUUAUUACUAUACUGACAAUUCUUAAAGCAUUGAACUUUGUGUUGUGGAAUCAACGAACGCGAGGCAGAUGUCCAAAAUGUUGCGAAUAGAAUUAGUGGGCCUUCUAUUGUUGGCCUGCACGCAAAUUCUUACGGAGCAUCGCGAUCAUCGUGAAUCACGGGAUCAAUAUGGCUACCAUCAUCGGUUUCAUGACCUUCAGGAAAGAAUAACGAGGGAAGUUCGAGUCAAAGAAGGCCGAUUACGUGGCAUGGUGAUUCAACCCAGAACUAAUUACAAUUUGCAGCUGGUUGACGUCUUUCUUGGAGUUCCUUACGCGGAGCCUCCCGUGGGAUCCUUCAGAUUUUCUCCGCCACGCUCACCGCAACCGUGGAGAGGAGUGAGACAAUCGCAGGAAUUCGCUCCAGUUUGCCCGCAAGUCUUGCCAAAUCUUCGAGAGGAAGUAAAGCCAGGCAGGUACGAGUACCUGGAGAGACACUUGCCGUACUUGAGGAACCAGAGCGAGGACUGUCUGUAUCUCAACAUCUAUGCUCCUCAUCAGGCUGAAGGUCAGAAAAAUCUGAGGAAGUAUCCGGUUAUGAUGUUCAUCCACGGUGAAAGCUUUGAAUGGAACAGUGGUAAUCCUUAUGAUGGCACUAUAUUAGCGGCUUACGGCAACAUUGUUUUUGUCACAAUUAAUUUUCGACUUGGUAUCCUAGGUUUCCUGAGACCUGGAAUUAGAGACGAUACAGCAAGCAAUUUUGGACUGUUAGAUCAAAUAGCGGCAUUACUUUGGCUAAGGGAAAACAUUGCGGAGUUCGGCGGCGACCCUAAUAGCGUUACUUUGGUCGGCCACGGAACUGGAGCUAUCUUUGCUAAUCUACUUCUAAUCAGUCCAGUUGCCAACAAAAAAGGAUUGUUCAAACGGGCUAUUCUGAUGUCAGGGUCGGCAAUGAGCGCGGACGCCAUCGGCAAGGCGCCAUUGCAAAUUACCAAGCAGGUGGCGCACGCUCUCAACUGUCCCACCACCAGCGACAGCGAACUGGCGCUCUGCUUGCGCAACCAGGACGUAGACAGGCUGCUACACGUGAAAAUCCACAAGCCGAAAUACGUGCCGGCCUACGCGCCGUUGAUCGACCGGGCCGUCAUCCCUGACAAGCCGCUCAAUUUAAUGGAGAACGCCCAGCUCUUCGGCAGGUUUGAUCUGAUGUACGGUGUAACAGAAUCCGAGAAAUUUCACAUCCUGCCACCAGUUGCUUUGUUACACGGCGUGCUUGAUGGACAACGGGAUGAAAUCCUGCGAGACCAUGCCAAAGCGACGCACGAACUGGAGCCGGAGUUGAUCCUGUCGAAAGUGUUGGAACAAUAUGGCGACUUCUCGAGUGGAUUCACGAAAGAGUACGCCACGAAAAAUCGAGACAUGGUGCUGGAGGCACUCUCCGAUAGCGGCACCGUGGCGCCGUUAAUAAUGACUGCCAAUUUGCAUUCAAGGGCGUAUCCGAAGAGCUACAUGUACGUCUUCUCGCAUCCGAAAGCUAUGCAAGACUACUCUGGCCAACAACGUCAACAUACAGUGCAUGGAGAAGAGUUGCCCUACGUACUGGGUGUCCCAUUAGACAACAGCAAGUAUAAUUUACGAAGUCGAUAUGACAUCAGAGAGUCGCUGUUUUCAGAAGCUAUCAUGAAUUGGUGGUGCAGCUUUGCCUAUAUCGGGAAUCCGAACGUCGCGAAGCGAUAUCCCUACCUGACUAACGUGUUCAAGGAAUGGGGUCAAUAUGAUAUCGAGUGGCCAGAAUAUGAUCCUGUCAAUCAAACGUAUUUCAAUUUAACCAUACCGCCUAACAUAGGUGCGCACUAUCGUUCGACGGAGAUGCAGUUCUGGAAUGAGGACCUGCCCAAUCUGCUCAGGCACCCGAAUAAAGAUAUUUCGGGCCCGACACGACCGAGAGGACCGCGACCACAGAUUCUUGACUUUGCCGAUGGGAUUGGCAAAUAUGCCAACAAUACUGCCAACCGGAAGUACGAUAGCUACGAUACUAGGUAUACAUCUCCGUCUAGCAUCACGGAUUCUAGCACGGGCAAGACGCCAUUUUCAACUUUGGUUACAACGGAUGGAAGCGAGAAUUCGACAAUAGAGCCGAGCACGUUAAGGACCUCGUCGGCUAUGAUGAUGGUGAUUGUUUUCUUCGUAGUGUUUAUACUGAUAAACUUCACAGCCUUUCUAUUCAUCUAUUAUAAGAAGCAGAAUAUGAAGGGAAAGGAGAAAUCGUUGAAGAGACGAGGUAGCGAAAAGAAAAACGACUCUGUCAAGAGGUCGAAGACUGAUAAACACGAGAACCAUUACGGCCAGAUAGGCUACAAAAGCGAUAGCAAGCCAGAUUUGAACGAUGUGAUAAAGAACGACAAGGCAUACGACAACAACUCCAACUUCGGACGCAGAUCGAAACUAUCAAGGCAGAAUUCUAGCAGGAGAUUGUGCACAGUUCUGUUUUGUUUGUAUAGAUGUUCGCCGAGGUUUUUACGUAAAACGCGGGAAACGUUACAGAAAGAGCAUCAGGAGAAACUGACUAAGCAGCAGCAAGAAGAGAAGCAACGUUUAGAGGAAGAAGUAUUGAAGGAGAGGAAAGACGAACCGAUUUACGAUGAGAGCCCGGCGUUGGUUGUGCGCCCUGGAAAAAAGUCGAAAUUGCCAAAAAUUUCUGUGGCUAUUGACGCCACGCCAGCGACCAGAACAGAAUCCAUUCUGAAUCAAGUGCCAAUCGAGUUAACAAAGAGUAUCGAAAUAGUUAAUGAGCUAAGUCCACAGCUGAUGACUCCUGAAGUGGUCGUCAUAGAGCAUCAUCAUUCUAGGAGCGAUCCUUUGCCGAUGGAGAACGUUUUAAAGACAAUGAAGCCGAAUUUCUCCACUCCCAGAAUCUACGAGUCGGAUUCCGGAAGCGCGAGCAGUCUCUACGCCAAGAUUAACCCUAAACUGAAGUCUCGUUUGCCUCGUCCUGGUCCGGGAACAAAUAUCGAAGUGUCCUUACCUGAACAAUCGAAAUACGAAGAUCCUCACGACGAAGAGAUCUACAUAAAAACUGGACCAGUCUUAACGACUUUUGGUACAAGUGAUGUGAAUGUCACGUGUCGGGAACCGACGAUGGAAAGAGAAUGCAUCAGUCCUGAGGAGGCCUUAAAGACAAUAAAACGUCGAAAUUAUCCCAAAGUACUGCCAGAUAUCGAGAAGAGACGAUCACUUCCGGCGCCUAGUAGUCUCUUUGUAUCGAAACAGUACGCCAAUUCGUUACAAGACUAUAAGAGUGGUAAUCGUGUGAACUUAUUUUCGAAUCUACCACCGUUACCACCUCCGAGAAUAUUUGGAGCCUCCAAAAGCCUAGAAAAAAACGGUUUCUUCGCAGAAGAAAACGAAAGUCAAAUCGAAGGUGAGCCGAUGACAACAAAUCUGCAUGUGGGUCCGUUACUAAAAAGGCCAGACACCGGCAGAAAUAAUUCCGAUCCUAACAUUAUUGAUUCCUUGGAAGGAAAUAGAAACGUCCAGGCUGGCGGAAGUGUGGAUGCUAUUUAUGCUAACCCAAAGUGCCCGCUUCAUGGAAGUCAAUAUCCCUUCUCACCGACCUCGCAGAGUGUCGAUGGCGAUCUCGGCAAGUCUUCCGGGCUUUUGGACGUGGGCAACCCAAAUUGGUACAAACCGUGCGAAUCGUCAGGCAUAAUGACAUCGACCACAUCGGAACCGCAAAUCGUGAUCAGCAAGGACGAGAGAAAUGCCAUUGGCGCUGUGUUGCCCACGGUAGAACCAAAGAUUGUGAUCACGCCAAGAGUCAAUCAAUGUCAAGUCAAUCGACAACCAAGUCCAACACCGCGUUCUGAGGAUAAGAUCGAGCACGAAAUAAAGACGAUUGAUCCAGUGCGAAACGGAGGAUCAUCGGAAAGUUCAAAUACUUCUGGUGGUUCGAUGAUUUCAAGAGAAACGGAAAAGAGGGAGCCGCGGAUAAUCAUCACGGCACGGGAACCGAAAAAUUGUGCCCCGGUGGGUAGUCUGAAACAACCGAAGAUCAUCAUAAAGCCAACAGCGACUCUACCGAGGAACAGGGAUCAGAGGAAUAUACCGAAGGUGUCAGCCAUACCGUCGCCAGAACAGCAGAAUUGUCAGAACAGCGAGCGAGAUAGGGCUCUGGAACAAAGGGAAAAGCCGUCCCUGAGGGAGAAGCCAAAGGUUACGAGGAUUCCGUCGUUUUCACGCAGGAGGGAAGAGCCUGGUAUUGAAAAGCCGUCGUACAUAGAGAAGACAGAAAUCGCGCCGAGAGUGGAGGCGCCGGCCAGUAAAAUCACAAACGCGCCAUCGACAUUCGACGCCAAGUCAGGCAUACCGACGCCAACGACAACGAUGAUGCCGAAGAGCGAGAAGACCUCCAGCACGGACUCGUCGUCCGCCAGCAACGGGAAUUCCAGUAAUUCGAAUACCGGUACGAUCAAACGGAAGCCAGCGAACAAGAAAUAAUUGGUGGGAGCCAAUUCGAGAGCCACGUGUUAUAUCCCGUUCUAUUUCGCAAACGCGUAGAUGGAAUGCAGAUGGGUCUCUACCAUUCCGACCAAGUGUCGAUGCAGUCCUGUUGCCGCCCAAUCUCUUCCACGAAACAUUCGCGAGUGUGUGCAUAUUUGCAUGUAACGGUAAUGAAAUUAACACAACAACUGUUCUUUUUGCGUUUAAAUUAC